UUUCAAUUCGGAAUGAGUGAUGACAUAAGAUAGAGGUUUUAAAACAUAAAAAUCCAACGUGCGUUAAAAAAAAGUAAAUAUUGAUGGCGAUAUCAAAGAUAGAUAAACACUAUUUGCGUGAUAUCGGACUUUUGGCGUCGAUCGUUUAAGUCUGCAAGCGACCACGAAUAGGAGCCUUUGGAAAGCUGAAAUGCAACACAGUGCGCACUAGAUAUAGUGACUGCAAACUGCAGAGUACUUAUAGGCAUUGCGCAGGCUCACUGCUGCGAACUGCCACAAUGAACGAAUGAGAUAUGCACGGAAAGAGUGUGUCUGGCGUCUCGUUAGUCGUUGUCUCGUUUGGCUUUUCUAGUCAGUGUGAUCUGCGCUGCAGAAUGUAGUUAUAGCCGUACGUUACUUAGAUCUACUCGACGAGUUAAACAGUGCGUGGGUGCCGCGAGUAGGCGCGCCACUAAUUGUAAUCGCUGUAGCUUAUGCGCCAGCGUAUUCUUACUCGAAUUACCUCCUCGAUGAAUUUAUACAUUUAGAGCAUUAUUUGCUCGAUCCAGAACUGCUGCUAGUGCGCCUGCUACUGGUUUUGUCAUCCAGGAGACCCUUGCGCACACAUCUUACACAAAAAAAUGGCUUUCAACUUCCCUGGAAUGCCAGCUCCCGCUAUGUCUGCCAUGGGUAUGGGGCCAAUAGGACCUUUAACUACUCUACCUGGAGCACAAAAUUUUAUAGAACUAGCCAGUCAAGGAUUUCCACCUAUGCCACCCCCCAUAUCAAUACCUGGAAUGAACGAUUCUCCUUUGGAGUUCAGUACCAACAAAAAUCAACCUGUUAUAAGAGAAGCUUCUGAUGAUAAUGAUAGAAGAAGUGACAAAAGUGAUGGUCGAAGAGACAGGGAUACAAGAGACAUACGGGAUAAUAAUAGGAGACCUAGAGGAGAUCGUGACAGACGUGAUCGAGAUAGAGAUCGUAGAGAUGACAGAAAUGAUAGAGACAGAAGAGAUGACAGACGAAAUGAUGACAGAGAAAAUGUGAUAACUGCCACAAAUAAUAGUCAUAGUAAUAACACUGUGACUUCCACAUCAAACUCAUCAACUAAUGCUCCAGGACUGGGACCAGCUCUGGAUCCAUCGUCAGGAGUCUGGAGCGUUGGCAUUGGAUAUCCAAUGAUGGGAAUGGGACCAAUGGGGACUGUAGGACCUUUAAUGGGUGAAAUGCCACUUGGUCCUCACAUAAGUCAUGCUCAUAGUUAUGGACCUAUGGGAAUGAGCAUGAUUCCUCAUGAAAGUGCCAUGAUGGGGACUCCCAUACUAAAUCCAGAACAGAUUAUAAAUGAAGCAGCUAGUCAAAUAAUAAGUGGAUCAUUACCUUCUUCUGUAUCACAAGGCACCAAAGAAAUUAUACAUUGUAAAAGCUGUACUUUAUUUCCUCCAAAUCCCAAUGCUCCACCUCCUACAACAAGAGAAAGACCUCCAGGUUGUAGAACAAUAUUUGUUGGAGGUUUGCCUGAAAAUAUUACAGAAGGUGUAAUUCAAGAAAUAUUUGAGCGGUGUGGAGAAAUAACUACUUUGAGGCUUUCAAAGAAAAAUUUUUGUCACAUUCGUUUCGUUUUAGAAGCUAGUGUUGAUGCAGCAAUUUAUCUAUCUGGCUAUAGAGUUAGAAUUGGUUCAAAUGGUGACUCUGUUAAUACUGGUAGAUUACACGUCGAUUUUGCUCAGGCUAGAGAUGAUCAAUAUGAAUGGGAAUGUAGACAACGACAACUUCAAAGAGAGCAGAGACAUAGAGAACGGGUGGAGAAAGAAAGACAAAGACCACCAUCAAGUCCACCACCUGUGAUUCAUUAUACUGAUCAUGAAGCGUCAAAUAUUUGUGAAAAAAUCAAACAGGAUGAUACUUUUAUGAAAGCUGUGCAAGUUGUUGUAACUUGGCUAGAACGAGGAGAUUGUACUAAACGGAAUGCUACCACGUUUUAUUCAAUGAUUCAAUCAACCAAUUCUCAUGUUCGUCGACUGUUGACUGAAAAAGCGACUUAUGAAGAAGAACUUCAGAAAGCAAAAGAACUAUUGAAAGGAAGAAUGCAAGGAUUGCUCAUACAAUUCAGUCAGAUUGAACGAGUAUUUACCGCGGCGAGCCACAAGAAGGUUUGGGAUCACUUCACCAAGGCACAACGAAAAAACAUUGAAAUGUGGAAGAAACAGUCUUCGGAAAUUAAGGCCAUUCAGCUGGAAGAAACUGUUAUGGAAGGUGAAGGUGAGAUGGAGGUAUCUGAUUCAGAAGAUGAACCUCAACGUAAAAAAUUACGUAAUCAACCGACAGCCAAUGAAGAUUCUGAACGACUGCAAGCUAUCAAAGAAGAAAAUGACAGUUUACGUUGCCAGUUAGAAGCUUAUAAAAAUGAAGUUGAUUUAUUAAAAUCGGAAACCAAAGUUGAUAUUGAUGCUAAAGAAAAACAGAUGAAAAUGUUACAACAGACAUUGAAAGGUAUGCAGGAGCAGUUGAUGCAAUCAAGAAAACAACAAGCUCAAGAUGAUCAGAGAAUCAAAGACUUAACAGUUAAAUUGAAUUUAAGUAAAAAAGAAGAACCUCAAGAAAAUGAAGUCAUUACUUUGGACAAAGAUGAUGAUACGAAUGAUGAACUUACUUCAAAACCAAGUGUAACUCCAUCUGGUUUAUCUCAAAUAAAUCAAAAAGAUGCUAAGCUAAUAGGAUUGAUUGCAAUAUUUUUACACAUUCACCCAUUCGGUGCAAGUUUAGACUACAUUUUUUAUUACCUCCAAAAAAUGGAACCCAACCUUAGACUUAAUGACGUUGAAAGCUUAAUGCAACGGUUUCCUCAUGUAUUCAAGCAGGAGCUGUCAGGAAUAGGCGCUAACAUGGAAAGACGUUGGCAAUUUUCUGGUUUGAAUCCCUACAGAAGCCAAUAAAAUUAUUUGUUAUUUGUUAAUUUACAAGCAAAGUUCUGUGAUCAAUUUGGCUUUGUAAGCAUAUUAAAGAAGAUUGCCUUAAAAUAAUGCAUUACAUUAUUUCAUUUUUAUUGUUUUUUUAAGUUUCAAAAAAU